AUGAAUCUAUCAACAACUAUCGCAGAGCUCUCACCCCCGCCGGCGGGGGUUGAUCUCUCUCAGGACGAAAAUCUUCGCAAUAAUAUUAUCAUCAUCAUUGUGUGCUCUUUGGCAGCGAUUGUCCUUCCGAUCCGGCUCUUUGUGCGCAUCCGUACUAAUAAGAGGUUAAGACUGGAUGAUUGGAUGAUGAUGAUUGCCAUGGUCCCUCUCGGUGCAAUGUUCACCAUCAACUUUAUCGCCGAUCACUAUGGACUGGGAAAACAUGUUUGGCUCUGUACAGUUGGGCACAUGGUCACCAUGAAAAAGCUGCUCUUCGUAUCCCUAAUGAUCUACAACUUUGAACUCUGCAUGAUCAAAAUGUCCAUCCUAGUCUUCUACCGUCGCGUCUUCGGCAUGAACCCCCUCAACUGGCUGGCAGGUUCCUUCUCUAUCGCCUGGUUCAUCGGCUGCACCGUCGCACUCUGUCUCGCACCCGCCCCAGUCUCCUACUUCUGGACACAAAUCAUCGACGAAACGGGCGGACACUACCGCUACAGCUUCUACAACUACUACAUCGGCAACGCGGCAACAAACGUCGUCUGCGAUUUCCUCGUCAUGGCAGUCCCGAUCCCGAUCAUCUGGCGCCUGAAGAUGCGCAUCGCGCAGAAGAUCAUGGUCUCUCUCGUCCUGCUCCUGGGAUGCUUCGUCUUUGCAGCGAGCGUCGUUCGAAUCCAAUACCUAACGAAGCUACAGGGCGAAGGCCUAAUCGACAUCACCUGGACCAUCGCACCAGUCUGCCUCUGGUCCACGCUUGAGCCCUGCAUGUCGGUAAUAGGCUCGUGCCUCCCGGCCAUGCAGCCCAUCGUGCAGUGGGUGCUUCAGUUAGAGCACAAUUACUAUAUUCGGAAGAAGUUACCGGCUCGAGCGAGGAAUUCUAUGCGCGGGAUCUUCGGGGGUGGGAAUGCGGAGAUGGAUAGCGUCGGACACAGUAUUACGGCGGUGGAUUCGUUUGGUGGGAAGAAGGAGGAUGAUGUUGUAAGGUUGUUUCCUCAUGCGACGACGGUGUUUGCUAGUCCUGAGCCGGUGGAUAGGGAUUUGAACCCACUUGAGGAAUAUCUUGGGGUGAAUUAUAUUCGGGUUAGGCAUGAUGUUGAGAUUACUAUCGAUCGGAAGAGUCAGGUUUGA